AUGCCUUUCUUUGAAGGUGCUCACGAUUUCAACAUUAAGGGUGGUUCCUUCAAUGAUGUUUCCGGAAAUAUGACCAUAAACGAUACAAGCCGCCGAACCACGAACUCCGGAUCGUAUAACACUACGAGUCGCAAGUAUGACAACUCGAACAAUGACCGCUCGAUUAAUGACUACAGCACCGGAAUGACGCGGAAUUUUCAUCAGGGGACAGUGAACAACUUUGGCAACGCAAAAAAUGUAAAUACUGGGGACAAUCACGGUUUUAUCAACCAAGAAGAUUAUCGAGGGGCCUUUCCCUCGCCACUUUACGACAAGUAUGCACAAAGAGGUUAUGAUUAUCUACGAAGCAGGGGCCAGGGUUAUCGUCCACCCUACCCCCAUGCUCAGUCUGUCCCCCCCAAGAUGCCCUCGUACGGGCCUGAAGAACCACAGUAUUACGGCCAUCCACCACAUCAUCCGCCAUAUGCACAUGCUCCCAGAGGUUUCCCAAACUCCUAUGGAGCUCCCCCUCAAGGUCACAAUACAUAUCCUCCUGGGAUGCAUGCGAUGGAUGCCGAGCACGCAGAUAUGUUAAGGGAAGGCAUGGAUGAGCUACGCAAUGAGGGUCGGUAUCACGGCGACUCGGAUGGUGAAGAUGACGACGAUCUCAACCACCGCGUGGAGAGAAUGGAAUUGGUCGAGCCCGUCCCCUUAUCUGCUGCGGGCUUGACCCCAGCAACGUCGCCGCGAGUCAGGUCCGAUUUGACGGCUUCAGCACCUCCCACUAUCGCAUCCUCUACCGCCAGUGUCCAGAGCGCCAGUCCACCCAUGAAAUCGAAGAACCCUUUCAGGUCCGGUGCCUCUACGGACCGUUCGUAAUUUGUUUCUCUUUCACUUCCCCACACACCUGGCUUUUUAUUGAGAGGAAUUAGGAUCCACAAAGACACCUUAAUCAGUUUCAUACAAAUUGUCUCACAAUCUUAUAAUAAUCGCACAUACAUUCAAACCAAGUUGCAUCCUCAC